GGCAAAUUGCAAAUAUUUUUAUUGUAGGAAAAUAGUUGUUUAAACUGCUGGUUAACCAUGGAAAUUGCGGAUACUUACUACAGUAAAGAUGAAUAUGUGGAGACGGCAUCCGGGAACAAAGUCAGUCGACACACAGUGCUCUGUGGAUCCCAAAACAUCGUACUCAAUGGCAAGGUGAUUGUCCAGAGCGGCGCUAUUAUAAGAGGUGAUUUGGCCAACGUCCGGACGGGAAGAUACUGUGUGAUUGGCAAGGACUCCGUGAUCCGUCCACCGUACAAACAGUUCAGCAAGGGCAUCGCCUUCUUCCCCAUGCACAUCGGCGAUCAUGUGUUUGUGGGCGAAGGAGCCGUCGUCUCGGCGGCCACAAUUGGAUCAUGUGUUUACAUCGGCAAGAAUGCCAUUAUUGGCCGUCGUUGUGUUCUUAAGGACUGCUGUGUGAUUGAGGAUGGGGCUGUGCUGCCGCCGGAGACAACUGUGUCCAGCUACAUGCGGUACACGGCCAGGGGAACCAUCGAAGGUGGCCAGGGAAAUCCGUACUUUGUGCCAGCCGCCAUGCAAGAUGAGAUGGUCAACUACACAAAGUCAUUCUAUGAGCAUUUCGUACGCACUCCGGCACCAGCUAGCUGAAAAUAAUAGGAAGCUCUAAAUGCAAAAUGCUGAGCAGGCAUCUCCCAAUUGCAUAAAAUGAAAACCGGAACCUGCCCGAUUUGAAAGAUUAUUUACGAAAUAAACAUAUAUUAGGUAUUCUA